ACUGUCAUUGUUUGAAAUGUCACAAAAUUUAUAUUUUCCAUCUACCUCAGAGAAAGAGAAAUAAAUUAUUAUUUAAAAAUGGUUAUUAGUAAUAUAUAAACAAAUUUACUUUCGGAACGACUAUGCCGGACACAUCUCUGUCACAAAAUCACAUACCGUUGUAUUCAUGUGGUUUAAAAGUGUAUGCAAGUCCGUCCUCCUAGGUGUACCAAUCGGUAUAACCUUUCUUGACACAGUCGGCUAUGUGGCCAGAGUUGAAGGCAUUUCCAUGCAGCCGGUGCUUAACCCGGAUUCCAAAAACACUGACUAUGUAUUUCUAUCAAGGUGGGCGGUCAGAGACUAUAACUUGCGGAGAGGUGACGUGAUAUCAUUAGUGUCGCCGAAAGAUCCAAACCAGAAGAUAAUAAAACGCAUCGUGGGUCUGCAAGGUGACGUUGUGAAUACUUUAGGCUACAAGACACAGUACGUGAGAGUCCCCGAAGGGCACUGUUGGGUGGAAGGUGACCACACUGGUCACACGCUUGACAGCAACACCUUUGGGCCAGUCUCAUUAGGCCUAGUCAACGCCAGGGCAGCAUACAUCGUGUGGCCACCUAGGAGAUGGCAAAAAUUAGAAGCAAAGGUGCCAGACCACAGAAAACCUUAUUUAGAAAAAUAGUAAACUUAUAUUCAUUUUAGUGAAAAGUAGCGGUAGAAACAGAAGAAUGAUUAAUUUUGAUGGCAUCUCAACAAUACUUUGUGAAAAUAGUCAUCAUUUAGUUCCUUAUUUAUUGCUAUGAGCCUGUAAAUAUUAAAUAAGAAUGCAAUCAUAGAUUGUUGUUCAACUACUCAAUAAUGUAUCUCAAUAAUUAGACUAUCCUUUUCUAACUCUAUCUCUCUCUCUUAUUUAUAGUACUGUACUUACUACCAAUCUUACUUCUUAUAUAAUGUAAAUUUCAUCAUGGAAUUAAGUGAAUGUAAAAAUAAAUAUAUAGAAGAGUUGGAUGACCACUAGCCAAAUUUUAUUUUAUAAGAUUGAAAUGCUUGUUACAGUUCUAAAAAUAAAAUUUUGUUUAACUA